AUGGAGAAAAAUGAAUUGAAGACCACGGAUUCGGAUAACGGACACUCACCGUCAGAGACAGAGAAACACUUAGAACAUGGUGUCCCCGUUGACGCUGUCAACCUUCCCGACCCAGAUGAGGGUCUGAGUGAAGAGGAGAGGAAGCGCAUCGAUCGGGCACUCCUAUGGAAGCUCGAUCUCAGACUCAUUCCCUGGCUUUCCCUGCUGUACCUCAUGUCCUUUCUGGACCGAACAAACAUUGGCAAUGCUAAAAUCGAUGGCCUUCAAGAGGAUUUGAACAUGAGCAACAAUCAAUACAACGCCACCCUGACCAUUUUCUUCAUCUCUUAUUCCGUCUUCGAGCCCUUGACACAGGUUCUUCUCAAGCGAUUCAGACCGUCCGUCUUCCUGCCUGUCAUUAUGAUUCUUUGGGGAAUCUGUAUGACCUGCAUGGGUCUGGUCCACAACUUUUCCGGUCUCAUGGCUGCUCGAUGGUUCCUAGGUCUCACCGAGGCUGGGCUCUUCCCGGGAGUGAACUAUUAUUUGAGCUGUUGGUAUAGAAGAUCCGAAUUCGGUGUCCGAGCGGCCAUAUUUUUCAGCGCAGCUGCCCUUGCCGGAUCUUUCGGUGGUCUCCUGGCGGCCGCCAUCGUCAACAUGGACGGAGUUGGUGGCAAACCCGGAUGGGCUUGGAUUUUUAUCCUUGAAGGAUUGGCCACGGUUGUCGUAGCUACUCUUUCCUUCUGGAUGGCACGUUCAUGCUCUACUGAAAAGAUGGAUCUUCAGCUAACCAUCUGCCAGGUGCAUGACUUUCCUGAUGAAGCCAAGUUUCUUUCCGAAGACGACCGCCGUCGCGUGAUUCGUCGUCUCAAACUCGACCAGCAAUCCAGCGCUGAGCAUGAGGAGUUCAAGCUGGAUUAUCUCUGGGCCAGUUUGAAAGACUGGAAGACGUACACAGGAAUGAUGAUAUACAUGGGUGUUGACGGUGCCCUCUACGCGUUCAGCCUCUUCCUACCAACAAUUGUGCAGCAGAUGGGCUACAAGAGCAUCCACGCGCAGCUUCUCAGUGUCCCACCCUACGCUGUAGCUGCGGUGGUCACCAUCUUCAUAGGCUUCGUUGCGGACAGGACGCGGAUGCGCGGAUACUGUAACAUGGUCAUGUCCCUCUUCGGAAUCGUCGGUUUCGCCAUGCUCCUCGGCUCCGGCUCACCACAUGUCCAAUAUGCUGGCACUUUCCUCGGCGCUAUGGGGAUAUAUCCUUGCAUCCCGAACACGAUCUCCUGGACAGCAAACAACGUCGAGGGUGUGUACAAACGAGGCAUCUCAUUGGGAUUUGUGAUUGGAUGGGGCAAUCUCAACGGUAUUGUGUCAUCAAAUAUUUAUCGAGCCGAAGACAAGCCAAGAUACAAGCCAGGGCACGCCGUCGUCUUAGCCUAUGAAGCGAUAUUUCUUCUUGGAGGUAGUGUUCUUCAACACGUCCUGCUCCGGCGCGAGAAUGCAAAGCGUAGGAAUGGCGAACGGAAUAACUGGGUUGAGGGUAAGACAGAAGCGGAGAUCGAAAAGCUGGGUGACAAGAGACCUGACUUCCUUUACACGUUGUAA